AUGGAACUUUCAAGAAUUUAUUUAUGCGUUGUUUCUCUUGUUUACUAUUUUGCUGUUGUGCAAAUGGAGAAUGUGAUAAACCGUGAUAAACAACGAUGGCAGCAUCACAGACUACUACCUUUAAACUGGCCAAGACGUCCUGUGGUACUUCUUCACGGGAAUUCCUUUGAUACCAAGAAAGAACGUGCAAUAGCUUUGAGGCGCUCACUCAAUAAUGACAGUUUGAACAAUGAUGUCAUUUCUGCGAAAUGGCCGCAACCUCGUCGUAAAUGCGGUGAAACUUGCGUUUCAAUUAUUGGAGGUGUUUUUGGAAGUAUUGCUGGAGGUGUUACA